GCGCGCUGGCCUUUCAUCCGGGUACUGGAAGACGAUGAAUGCUCCUUUCCAAGAUGGCGGCGGAGGGAGGAGGGAAGGAGAUGAACGAGAUUAAGACCCAGUUUACCACCCGCGAGGGGCUCUACAAGCUCCUGAGCCACUCGGAAUACAGCCGGCCCAACCGGGUGCCUUUCAAUUCGCAGGGCUCCAACCCUGUUCGCGUCUCCUUCGUCAAUGUCAACGACCAGAGUGGCAAUGGGGACCGGCUCUGCUUCAAUGUGGGCCGGGAGCUUUACUUCUACAUUUACAAGGGGGUCCGCAAGGCUGCUGAUUUGAGUAAACCAAUAGAUAAAAGGAUAUACAAAGGAACGCAACCUACAUGUCAUGACUUCAAUCACUUAACAGCCACGGCAGAAAGUGUUUCUCUACUAGUGGGCUUCUCUGCAGGACAAGUGCAACUUAUAGACCCUAUUAAAAAAGAAACUAGCAAGCUAUUUAAUGAGGAAAGGCUAAUAGACAAGUCCAGAGUAACUUGUGUAAAAUGGGUGCCUGGUUCAGAAAGUCUCUUUCUAGUAGCUCAUUCCAGUGGCAAUAUGUACUUGUAUAAUGUGGAACACAAUUGUGGUACCACAGCUCCACACUAUCAGCUACUUAAACAAGGAGAAAGUUUUGCAGUCCAUACAUGCAAAAGCAAAUCUACACGAAACCCUUUACUUAAAUGGACAGUAGGUGAGGGUGCCCUAAAUGAAUUUGGUUUUUCUCCAGAUGGAAAAUUCUUGGCAUGUGUAAGUCAGGAUGGCUUUCUUCGUGUGUUUAACUUUGAUUCAGUUGAGUUGCAUGGUACAAUGAAAAGCUACUUUGGAGGACUGCUGUGUGCAUGUUGGAGCCCAGAUGGAAAAUAUAUUGUAACAGGUGGAGAGGAUGAUUUAGUGACUGUCUGGUCAUUUGUGGACUGUCGAGUGAUAGCCAGAGGCCACGGGCACAAAUCGUGGGUCAGUGUUGUGGCCUUUGAUCCAUAUACAACCAGUGUAGAAGAAAAUGAUCCAAUGGAAUUCAGCGGCAGUGAUGAGGACUUCCAAGACCUCCUCCAUUUUGGACGAGAUCGAGCAAAUAGCACGCAGUCAAGAUUAUCAAAAAGGAACUCUACAGAGAGUCGCCCUGUAAGUGUAACAUAUAGGUUUGGUUCAGUAGGCCAGGACACACAGCUAUGUUUAUGGGACCUAACAGAAGAUAUCCUCUUCCCACACCAGCCCCUCUCAAGAGCAAGGACACACACAAAUGUCAUGACUGCCACAAGUCCCCCCACAGGAAGUGGUGGAGCUAACCCAGGAAGUAAUGGAAAUAGCAUCACACCACCUGGAAACUCUGUGCCCCCACCUCUUCCACGUUCCAAUAGCCUUCCACAUUCUGCAGUUUCCAAUUCUGGCAGCAAAAGCAGUGUCAUGGAUGGUGCCAUUGCCUCUGGUGUUAGUAAGUUUGCAACCUUAUCAUUACAUGACCGGAAGGAAAAACACCAUGAAAAAGAUCACAAGAGAAACCAUAGUAUGGGACAUAUAUCUAGUAAGAGCAGUGACAAACUGAAUCUAGUUACUAAAACCAAAACAGACCCAGCAAAAACUUUGGGAACACCUCUGUGCCCCAGAAUGGAAGAUGUUCCCUUGUUAGAGCCUCUUAUCUGUAAAAAGAUAGCACAUGAAAGACUGACUGUGUUAAUUUUUCUUGAAGACUGUAUAGUCACUGCUUGUCAGGAGGGAUUUAUUUGCACAUGGGCAAGGCCUGGUAAAGUGGGUGUAUUGCCAUCCCAAAACCAGGCCAAUUCUCCAAGUGGAACUGUAGUAUAGCCAUCACACUCCUCCUAGCAAACCUUUGAACACAGAACAAGAAGUAAUGACAAUGGAACCAGGAGCUGCUGUUCAGCCAGAGAGCAUCACAAAUUCUUAAAGGCAGAGUGUUAUGUGAAUCACAUAGUGUUUUACAAAAUAAUACUGUAAUGAGUUAUAUUUUUACAUCUAAUACUUUGAGGCUGCUCACCUAAGGAAGAAUUUUGCUUAAAAAUGCUUCUUUUGGUGCUACAAUUAAAAAUAGUAAUUGCUUUGUAUUUCUCAGUGUAAUUUAAUCAUAUACCUACAUCAACACACAUCCACAGGUGUAAAAUAAAAUGUUUCUUAAAUCCAAGUAAGUUUAAUGGUGUUAUAAAUUAGAAUAUUACUGUUUGGUUUUUUCUUUGCACUGCUUUUUUUUAAACCAGAGAUGGUUAACCUGAAAAGCUCUCAAGGGAAAUUAAAGUCAUUACUUUCUGGCUUCACAAAUGUAAUUCAGGAAGAUGGAUGCUGCAAUCAUAGGUUUUUCUAAAAAGAUUGUUUGCACUUAAAUAGCGUAAUGCUAGUGGAUAAUUACUUUUAAAUGGGUGUUUGGGCACCCUCUAAAGUUAUGUUAUAAAGAAACAAAUCCUUUGUAUCAAACAUUUUAUUUUAAUAAUGUUUCAACUACAGUCAAUCUGUAUUAUAUGUGUAAAUAAUGUAAUUCAGUGAUUGGGGAAAUCAGUCAUUACACUAGUAAUUUUAAUCAUUUAAGAAAGUGAUAUUUCUAAUUCAGAAAAUACAUAUUAUUAAACUAUCUUGAAUAUGCA